UGCCAGUCACCUGCCUCCGAGUCUCAGAAUAUUCUUUGGCUGAGGAGGAGAAAGGACCGAGCGAGAUGAAAUCCCUGCUGAUUGCUUUGGGCCUCGCCCUCUGCUGCCUCGCCCAGGUUGAAUGGGAAGAAGUGACCACAGCCAGCGAUAAGCAUCUGGGUUCCUGGGUGAAUGUUGCAGCUGCGUGUGAUUCACCAGACGCUCUAGAGCAGAUAAGACACAUGUCGGCAUUUGUUGCUGUCCUGUCAAAACCACGGGAAGAUGUGUUUAGCAUUUUGGCCUUCGUCCCCAUGCCGGACGGGUGCAAGAAAGUAACAUACCAGUUCAGAAAAGGAGAAGAUGGAAAAUAUCACAGCCACUGUGAUGAUACAACAGUGACGGUGGAGUCAUUGAAGGCCCUAGGCGAGUCCAUCAUGUCCAUCAUCAAAUAUGACGACUUCAGAACCGCAAUACUUCACAGUCGGACAGUAACUCAGGAUCCAGAGAUAAUUGAGAAAUUCAAAGAAGAAUGUAAAAGGCUCGGCUACAGCAAAGAUCAGAUUGUGGUUUUAAACCCAACCGUGAAGUGCCAAGAAGAAUAGGCAGGUGACCAGAGCAGAGGCCUCGAAACAGCCGGGGGCCGCAGCUGGGCAUGUUUUGGGCUUGGCUCAAAUUCCAGGGAGGAAUCUUAAUAAAUGGACUCAGAAAAUGCAA